AAGGUUGCGACAGGAGUAACUUUAGCAAUGCAUUAUACUCCUACUAUUGAUCUAGCAUUUAUUAGUGUAGAGCAUAUUAUGAGAGAUGUAAACUACGGAUGGAUGAUUAGAUAUCUUCAUGCGAAUACAGCUUCUUUCUUCUUCUUCUUUGUUUAUCUACAUAUUGGUAAAGGUUUAUGCUAUGGUUUAUAUAAAGUACCAAGA